ACAUUCAUGUUAGUUAUAUCAGCGACCAGCAGUCAGAUGAAUCAGAUGCUGAGCGCGUUCCACCACACAAGAUGAUUCUGUCCAUUUAUCUGCUGAUGUUUUUCUGCUGCGGCCUGACUGUAGCCGGGUACAAACCUCCCUGCCCUGAAUCCUGCGCGAGUCAGGCAGAGCUUCACAAAGUGAAACAUAAAGUGGAAGAUCUGGAACGAAAACUGAAGGAGAACGUGGACCUGACCGCUGAGCUGAAGAGGAUAGUGACCUUUAAGGUGGCUUUCAGUGCGGCAAUAGGACGAUACGGAUCCAUCGGACCGUACACCACCGACAAAAUUCUGCUCUACAAAAGAGUCAUUACAAACGUUGGCAACUCUUACAACAAACACAAAGGUAUCUUCACAGCACCUGUUGCAGGUAUUUAUUACUUCAGCUUCUUCUAUCAUGCUGGAGGAGACUGUGAGGCGAUGCUGUAUCUCUACAAGAACUACAAGCUGGUUGUCAUGACCAGUGACCACAUAUCAAAGAAAGACACAGCAGACAAUGGAGGAAACGGGGUGGUGCUGCAUCUGCAGAAAGGAGACCAAGUGUAUGUGUGCAUGGCUGCAUACACGCAUAUUUGGGGAUCGUUUUACCAUUCAACUUUCAGUGGGUUCUUGAUCUCUCGACAUUAAAAAUCUAAAACUCUGAAGUUAUUUUUCCCCUCUUGGGAGACAGAAUUGAUAUUUAGGCACAUGAUUUACUGCCCUACUACCCCUCUAUAGAUAUGAACCUCACUGAUGUGUAAUAAUGAUGAAGUUGUGAAUCUGAUUUGAUAGAAAGUUGCUGUUGUCAGUUCUGGAUACUCACUGAAAUAAACUGUCUGACUUUCAUUUUUUGAAAAAAAGACUUCUAAAUCUUCUGAUAUAGAAGUGAACAGCAUGCAUUGUGAAUAAAUAGAAAUGACAAAUAUUGAGAAAACAAAUGUGUUCCUCCCUGUGUAAAGUUUUCCUUUGAAUACUGGAGUGGGUCUGGCUGAAAAGAGAGUUCUGGGGACGUUACUGCAGGUGGAGUUUAAUUCCAGGUUGGUUUGUUUGUGUUUCAUUCGGUUUCUAUUUUAUGCCGUCCAGUAAAGUCCUGCUACAGCACUUAUAGUAGAUGUGAGAGUGCAUUAGAUGCAUGAUGUUCUAACGUAGUCCAGUUCUGCCACAUGGAUUAAACAGGAAGGAGCAAUACCUACAGAACCUGUGUGUUCUGUGUAAUCGUAUCUGUAAUGUCAUAAAUGACUGGCAUCAGAUAUGAAAGUACUCACUUAGAAAGUAACUACAAAGCAAAGCGGAUCCUGGAAUCCUGUUGUGUUACCAGUAACUCAGUUUCUAGUUGGAAGAAUCCAUUGCUACUUUCAGAUCAUGUUAAGGGUAAUUAGUUUUUACAUUUAACUUUCAUCAAAUCUUUUAUUUAAUGUCAAAAUUAAUGGACUUUGAAAAGCUGUCAAAAAAAUACUGGUUUCUGGAGCCGAGGACGGGAGACGCUGCAAACAUACAUCUUUGUACGACACAACUUUCAGGAGUUUCUUUGUCACUCCCAUGUAAAAAAAAAAAAAUAAAAAUCUGAUAUCUCUUUAAACCAUAUUGAUGUAUAAUAAUGAUAAUGUUGUGAAUCUGAUUUGAUAGAAAGCUGCUGUUGUCAGUACUGGACUCACUGAAAUAAAUCAUCUGACUAUUCCUGAAAACA